UGUCUGGUUUCAGGUCUCGUCGAUAUCAUAUAUAUACUCCCGCACACCCAGGCUGCGCUUAUGUCAGAGACGGGUCAGAGUCAGGUGGACUCGAACUGAAUUGUCUGUAAUUUGUGUAAAGUUUUAUUGUGUGGUUGUGGAAGUCUUGAUGACGAUGACGUUGAUGAGGAUGACUGUGUUGUCUAACAAGAUGUUGCUGCUUUGUCUGCUGGCUGUGUGGGCACCCUGGACUGAGGCUUUCCCAAGUGGCGCUCCCGCCCACACUUGUAUGACGAUGUUCCCCAAACAUAAUGGCGCGGAAUCCAGGCUAGGCACGCCGCCUUUUGAGAUACUGCCUUCUUCCAUGACGUACAAUGCUGGCGAGAGAAUCCCAUUGACAAUUUCUGCCACGGGCACUGAACAGAUCAAAGGAGUACAGAUCAAGGCCAUUAGACAGAGCGGGAACACUGAGGAGAUUUUGGGACAGUACGACAACUUACAACCGGUAAACAAACUCCGGUACAUCAACUGCCAGGAGAAGCAACGGAACAUGGUGACCCACAACAACAGCAUGGAAGUCAGUGCUCUGACAGUGACCUGGAUAGCACCCGCUACCAAUGAGGGUCCUAUCUAUUUCGACCUCAGCCCUGGAGCACAGUCUCCAACUCUCUCUCCCCCAUCAACUGGGACACGUGCGGUGACGACAAGGGCUGUAUGCUCUACCCAGCCUACUGUUCCGGGGACGACUGCAAGGCUGCGGUCAGCUACGCCUUCAAUAACGACAACGACACCGUCACCUUCGAGAUGAUGGCGGAGUCGGAGGGAUACGUGGCCGUGGGCUUUUCUCACGAUUCUAUCAUGACAAAUCUGACCAACUUGGAGGUGGCUGCACAGCGAGAUGGCAAGAUCUAUUGCCGCUUCUCUCGACCAGUCAGCAUGGAACUUCUCCUAGAGCAGGGGAGAUCAUUAGUUCCGAUGACCUUUGACCUCAGAGAGGAGUUUCACUUGUUCCUGGCCUGGGGUCAUAUCUAUAGCUUGAGUGAUGUCAUCGGCUUCCACAACGAAGCACCGGUUAUUUCUGAUGCUAAGGUGGACUUCACAGACAAUAGCAAUGUUAUUGGAAGUGUGUUGCCGAAAUUGGUGCGUGCGCACGGCUCCCUCAUGACGAUUGCUUGGCUAGGCUUCGCUGUUCUGGCUAUUGUGAUGCCCAGGUACUACAAGGACGGGUUCAACGACAAGAAAAUCUGUGGCAUCAAAAUCUGGUUUCACAUCCAUCGCACUGCUGCCAUAAUGACCUUUGCCCUGACUGUGGCAGGUUUGGUUCUCAUUCUGGUAAAGCUGGAUGGUGAAGUGACGGAGCGUAAGUCGGCUCAGACCCACAUGUACCUGGGGUUCACCGUGGUAGCCCUGGUGUGUGCCCAGCUGGUGGGGGGCAUGCUCCGGCCAGGGCCAGACGGCAAGGUCAGGCCCUUCUUCAACGUCUUCCACAAACUGCUGGGCUCUGCUGCUCUCAUUAUUGCUGGCCGCCCAGCCCGGACUGACGAGUACAACGUGGACAAACUUAGCAACGACCUUGAACCUACUGAGACAGUCAGACCAAGCAACUUCCUCCUGGUCCUCGUUUUGAUCUUCGUCAUCGCUUCCAUUAUCUCCGCCCUGUACUUGAUCAUUGUAUUCUAAACAGGCAAUGACAGGUACAGAACGCGUGAGGGAAUUCCUUGCAGGGCUGGCUCCUUGCAAAAUUUAACACUACAUAUAUAUAAUGCACUAGUAAUCCAAAAUUGUUGAACUGAGAAAAUUAAAGUAUGAUUACGAUUCCAACAAGAGGU